UCUCAUCUCCGACGUCUUCCGCCGCGGUCGCUCUUCGGACUUCGGUGUCAACCCUCCUUAGCUCUGCGGUGGCUGAAGGGUUUUCCUUUCUUCUAUCUUAUUCUAUUUCAUUCUUCUUGCCUGGUCUUUUUCGUGUUUUCUCGUUGGCUUCGAACGCGUAUCCGGCGUCUGGUUAUCGGAUGCGUUGACGGAAAGAUCGAACCUGUGAGGAAAAGAAGUCUUUUUGAUGGAGUUUUGGCUGUUUUCUUUUCCGAGAUUUGGUUUUCUUUAGUUUCGGUUCGAUUCUUGCGGUGGACGACAAAGCAGCGGAGAGGGAGAGAAAGCGUUUGGCAUCGGGAAUGGAUAGUUUGUCGAGGGAUUUCCUGCGGAGCUUCGCUGGAAAUGGCUACGGCGACGAGCCCUUGGAGGCGACGGAAGGGGAGUCCGACGAGAUCGAGCUCAGCCUCGGGCUUUCCCUCGGUGGGUGCUUCGGCGUGGACCCAAAGGGGAAGAAGCUGGUCCGCUCGUCUUCGAUCGCGUCCUUCUCGUCGCUGAAUACUGAGCGCGGGUUCCGGGCGACCCACGCCGCUGCCGCUCUGACGAGGACGAGCUCACUUCCAGUGGAGGUCGAGGAGGAACGGCAAAAGCGGAAGGAGGUCCAGAGCUUGAGAAGGUUGGAGGCGAAGAGGAAGAGAUUGGAGAGGAGGAAUUCGAUCAGGUCGGGGGCAGCAAAGCCCGGAGAAAAACCGAAUGAAGAUGUCAACGGAGGAAAGGAAUCACCGGCGGUGGCGGCGGAGCAAAUGGCGGCCGAUAAUGGCCAGCUUGGAUCACUGGGAGGCGCAAGAAAUGGCUUUCCUCCUCCCGGCUUGCCAUCGGGGCCGGCUGCUUGGAAAAGGGCGGCAGACAUGGCCGGCUGCUUUCCGCCAAUCUCACAGGGGUCUAUUGGAUCACAGGGGAGCUGCUCCACCGGCGCCUGCGGCGUCGACGGUCGGCCACCGCAAGAGACCAAGAACUCUGUAAGAGGAGACGAAGAGCAGGUGGUGGCUGGGAGAGCCAAUGGGGUGAAGGAGAUGGAGAGGAGAAUGAUGGAGAAGAUGCCGUUUGUGUCCACCAAGGGAGACGGGCCUAAUGGAAGGAGAAUUGAAGGCUUCCUGUACAAGUACGGGAGGGGGGAGGAAGUCAGGAUAGUGUGCGUCUGCCAUGGCAGCUUUCUCACCCCUGCUGAGUUCGUCAAGCACGCCGGCGGUGGCGAUGUCGCCAACCCUCUCCGCCACAUUGUGGUCAACUCCUCCCCGUUCUUGUGAUCAUGAACUGUAAUCUCACAUGAGAAGUGCUCUCGCUUUCAUGAAAGUGCUUGAAGUUUUGUUCUGAGCUGUAGUUGUAAGCUUAGAAGCAGGAAUCCAUUGUAUUCAUGGAU